AAUAAUUGCAAGUUUAUGCGGGAGCGCGACACGACACCGGGCCAUCAUUCCGCACGCUGCACCCGACGACGGUACCCGAUAUGCCUCCCGCCAAAAGAGUUAAGAGCAGCGCGGAUUCCCGGCCCAGUGCUGGGCCAUCAGGACGGCCGACGGUCGAGGAAUUAGAGGGCGAGAGCGAGUUUGCGACGCUCGCGCGGCAACAUUGGCUCAAGACGCCUAAGAAGGCGGCCGAAGUCAAGGUCAAGAACGAUGUGCUGAAGCGGGAAAUAUGGGAUACCCUAGAGAAGGAGAAUUUCCCUCUGAAGUCACUUUUAGUGCUGGAGGGCCUGCAAACGCUGGAAAGUUACCUAUGGCCCGGCUACGGAGAGGACUCCUCCAAUUACCAUGUUCUUCUCAUUGUCUUGAUAGUCAAUGCCAAGCGGAGGGAACGGUUAGGAACUUGGGACAUCUUCGUCGACCGCCCAGCCGACUUUUCGGAUCUAUUCCGCCGCGCACUUUCCAUGACACUCGACGGCUCUCUUUCUUGGACUAUCCGGACCCACGUCUUACUAUUCGUUAUUCAUGCCUUCCAGAGUCUAGACUGCACCGUCGUCCGUAAGGAGUGCGCUCCCUUGGUCUCGAUCUCGAUUUGGCACAACCUGUCGACGGAGGAGAAGAGGGAUGCUAUCCUCGAUUCCAACCCGCACUUGAGGAAGGCUUGGAGGGCGUCUGCUAAGCGUUACGACUCGGCCGACGACGCGACCAAAGCUCGCUUGCGCUUCGAGAGGUCCUGGUUGUAUACUUUGGUUCUGGACUUCUUCGCCUUGCUGUACUCGGGGAAUGCCAAGCAAGAGCAUGUGCUCUACUGCGAGCGCUUCGUCGAGUUCCUGACGGACCUGCAAAGUCAGCUCCCUACAAGACGAUACGUCAACACGCUCCUUCAGGACCUGCACAUCCUUCCGGCUCUCACUUUGUCCCCGGUCUUCAACGAGGAGGCAAACGGGCUGCUGCGGGAGCUGUGCGCUCUCUUUUCCCACUACACCCACUUUACGGUCGACGACCAGUCAGGCGCGCAGCUCAACCGUAACGAGGCGUAUGACCGGCAUUGCGCUGCCCUAGCAAAGCUGCAGCGCACUGCCUUGAAGCACUUCAAGGAGAAGUUGACGGUACUGGCCCUGUCAAACUAUGGCUCGAUCUCCAAAAGGACAGAGCUAGAAGGUCUCCUUCAGGCGCUAACAGACGAGGAGCUCGAGCAGCUCACUGGCCUUCUCGGCCUUCGGACGACAUACCCUGACUCUGCCAGCGUACCGGUCGGUCGCAAGUUCCUGCUGGAAGUUCUUGUGUCCACCUUUGAGCGAAGAAAAACCUUCCAGGACGCUGCCCGUGAUCUGAGCGUUCUUCCGACUGAGGAAGCGCUGUUCGACAUCGGCCUCAAGAGGACGGACCAUUACGACGGCUCUCGCCCCUUGGCGCUCCCAAAACUCAAUUUGCAGUACCUGUCUGUUGGAGAUUUCCUUUGGCGGUCCUUGAUCCUCUACCGCUGUGAAUCCUUUUAUGCCAUCCGCCAAGACAUCGAAGACACGCUAUCCAGGUUAAAGCCCGAGUGCAGGCGGGCAGGGGUAACCACUUUCUCGGGAUUUUCAAGAAUGGCCCUGCCCAUCGCCAAACCGACCAUCCUCGAAGUCGUGCCAGCCCGUGUCGGUGACGACAAGCCAUCCACUGUCCGAGCUGAAGUGACAGUCGACUUGAGGAGGUUAUCACCUCACAUCCGGCAAGAAUGGGAAUCUCUUCGCCCGGACGACGUCCUCUUUCUGCUCGCCGUCGACGCCUCCAAGUCCAAACAGGCUCCGGGAGGCGAUACACCGCUGGCGGAGGCGGAAAGGCUUGGCCUGGUCUCGGUUCGCGCCGCAGAAAUUAUCCAGGUGCUUGACGACAGGGGGCGAGCAAUCCGGGAUGCCCAGGCUUACUUCGAUGGCCACAACCGCAGCGACUCGAGGAGAAUUCAGCUCCGGCUAGAUGCCAGGGCCUACAAAGAAGACACCGAGGCGAAGCGGAACGUCUACGAUGGGAUCAACCUGCUUGUUCGCCGGAGCGGCCGGGAAAACAACUUCAAGCCGGUGCUGGAGUCGAUCCGAGACCUCGCUUUUUCUGACGUCCCGCUCGCCCCCUGGCUGCACGAGGUCUUCCUGGGAUACGGCGACCCAGCCGGUGCCACAUACAAGCAUCUGCCCGCCCGCCUCAAGAAGAUCAACUUCCGCGAUACUUUCCUGGACUGGCAGCAUCUCAUUGAGAGUCUGCCUGGGAGGAUCAUUGAGCCCGGUGACGAUGUCUCCGGGAGCUUUGGGCCCCCCUACGUGUUAGAGACCGUCGAGAAACAGACCGAGCAGGCUGCCUCGAAGGCCUCCAAGAAGAGAAGGCGGGACGCAGAGCCAGCUCUUAUUGCCGAGAUUGAAACGGUCAAGGUUUCAACGUACAAGCCGCCAAACAACGGGCCCUACCCGGUUGACGCGCCGAAGCUGAACAAGGUGCGGUUCACUCCGACACAGAUCGAGGCCAUUGUGUCGGGCACACAGCCAGGGCUCACCGUUAUCGUGGGGCCUCCUGGAACAGGCAAGACGGAUGUUGCCACACAGAUCAUCAAUAACAUAUAUCACAACUUCCCGGAGCAGAAGACACUGCUCAUAGCACACAGCAACCAAGCGCUAAACCAACUAUUCGCAAAGAUUGUGGCCCUGGACAUCGACGAACGUCACCUCCUCCGGUUGGGCCACGGUGAGGAGGAGUUAGAGACCGAGGGAAGCUUCAGUAAGCAUGGCAGAGUCGAAUCGUUCCUCGAGAAUCGGCAGCGCUUCCUCAUUGAGGUCACCCGCCUUGCUGCCAGCAUGGGUGCUCCCGGUGCUCAUGGAAACUCAGCCGAGACGGCCGGCUACUUCAACAUGGUGUAUGUCCAGCCGGCGUGGGCCAAGUUCAAUGACGCAAUCAAAGGGGAGGAUGUAGGCCCCCAAGAAAUCGUGAAGGCCUUCCCGUUCCACGAAUACUUUGCAGACGCUCCUCAGCCCCUUUUCCCGGCGCAUGCGGACCGUGAGGCCGUCCUGGAGAUUGCCAACGGGUGCUACCGGCACAUAGCGAAGAUUUUCUCGGAGCUGGAGGAUGUCCUGCCUUUCGAAAUCUUGCGGCGCGACAAAGACAAAGCCAACUACUUGCUUACCAAUGAAGCCCGGAUCAUUGCCAUGACCUCGACACAUGCUGCGAUGAAGAGGGGAGAGAUAGCCUCGUUGGGCUUCCACUACGACAAUGUGAUCAUGGAAGAGGCUGCCCAGAUUACCGAAAUUGAGAAUUUCAUCCCGCUGGCCAUGCAGAAGCCCAAGAAUGGGCAGUCGGGACUCCAGAGGGUCGUCUUGUGCGGCGACCACUACCAGAACUCGCCGGUCAUCCAAGGCCUGGCAUUCCGGCACUAUGCAAAUCUAGAGCAGUCACUCUUCUCCCGACUUGUCCGCCUCGGCGUCCCCACAAUCAACCUCGAUCGCCAAGGCCGCGCCCGACCUUCGCUCUCCAACCUCUACAGGUGGCGUUAUCCUGAGCUGGGAGAUCUGCCACAUACGGAGACUGGCCAAGAGUUCGUUACUGCCAACGCGGGCUUUAGGUUCGACUAUCAGUUCAUCAACGUCCCAGAUUACCGCGGCAAGGGAGAGACAGAGCCGUCGCCGCACUUCAUCCAGAACCUGGGCGAGGCCGAGUAUGCCGUGGCCAUCUACCAAUACAUGCGCCUGCUGGGAUACCCGGCGGCCAAGAUCAGCAUUUUGGCCACUUAUGCAGGCCAGAAGGCGCUGAUCAAGGAUGUUCUGGCCCACCGAUGUGCGAAAAACCCAAUCUUUGGCCUACCCCGUAUCGUCACCACCGUGGACAAGUAUCAGGGCGAGCAGAACGACUGUAAGUCAUCCGCCUUCCAUCCCAUAUUCGACCGCUUACGAUCUUGCCAAUCCCGUCUAACAAUCACUCACCGCACAGACAUCAUCCUCUCCCUCACCCGCACAACCCGCGUGGGCUACCUGCGUGACAUCCGCCGUCUGACCGUCGCGCUGUCCCGCGCCCGACUCGGCCUGUACAUCGUCGGCCGGCGCGCGGUGUUCGAAUCCUGCUACGAGCUGCGUCCCGCAUUCGAGUUGCUUCUCCAGCGACCCGACAAGCUGACGCUUGUCACGGGCGAGCUGUGGCCCUCGCAGCGGCUGCUUGCGGAGGAGGCCGACAAGGACACGGUGCCCGGCGAGUCGGUCAUGGAAGGGGUCGAGCAUCUCGGGCAGUACGUGUUUGAGAUGACGACCACGCGGGUCAAGCAGCUGCGGCAAGAGAGGGGGGAGUCUGUGGAGGAGGUGCCUGUCGUUGAAGAGGUGGUCUCGCAGGUGGAGGAGCUGGGGUAUGAAGACCAGGAGGUCGUGGGUCAAAGGGCUGAGGAGGAGCGGGCGCAGGAGGCCGUCAGGGUGGAGGGGUUCGAAGCGGAGGAGGAUGAUUGAUUAUGGAUGGUAUUAGGGGAUGGGAUACCUGGAAAAAUACCUCGUGGCCUUUCCUGGAAGGUAGAUCUGGCUCCUCUAAGGGGGUGUUGUACAAUGCCUCUAGGUCAGUUAGGUUAGUACAAGUUGUUGUCAAAAGAACUGAAGAGCGUCUAUGUCCCUC